AAAUCAAUACGGGUAAAAAUCACACCCGGAGACGAACAAUACAUCCGCAAGUUUACCGAGAUAUGACAGAUUUCUAUGAUUCAUUGAGACGGAAAUAUGCAGCGGAAACACCAAAGCCGUCUGUAACUGAAAAAGAAAUGGAAGAAGACGAUUUAUUUGUAGAUAUGCCUGAUAUAACGGAUAAACAAACACCAAAAAUGUUCCUUCGUUCUCCUUCCCCGAGAAAAUUUUCUGAAGCAGGCACCCCUGGUCCUAAGGUUCGAUUUUUUGACGAAAAGCAAAAAACUGAAGAAGAUUUUUUAAAUCAAGAUUUUAAGAUAGUUCCUCUGGAACCCGAGCAUACACGAAGACCUGUCUCUCGGGCUAGAUUGGACGAGAAUACGCCGAAAUUAAAGAGGGACCAUUUUGUAAGGGCAAUUAUUGGAAAUAACCCAUCCCAUCCCCGCCAAACACAUACAUAUCCAAUCACAUGGAAUUAUAAUCAGUCACGUGACAUAUAACCCUCGCAUGUUUGAUAUAAUUAUAUACGCUCAUUCGUCCAUGUAAUAUAUUCAUUUUACAUUUAGUUUAGUUUAUUGGUAAUAAGUUUGCCUUUUACCAUUUACAGUACAAUGUAAACAUAUGAUAUACGCACAACAUAUUAUCACAAAGAAAAGCGUAUGAUAGAUCAGAAACCAAGUAUAAUAUACAAAGUAAUACAAAAUAAAGUAAUACAAAAUAAAAUAGAACAGAUUAACUAGCAAGUAUAACGUAACGUUGAUCCAGUGCUUACUUUAUUUACCUAGAUAAAUCGUACCGAAAUUGAUGACAUGAAUUGAUUGAACAUGUUUUAGUUGGCCAUAAAAUCAACCUAAAGUGUUGUUUUUUAUGUCAACAUAAUACGGACAACUUUAAACAAAAUGGCAUUCUGACUCAACAACUUUUAUACUGCAUAUUUAUUUUACAUAGUCUGCAUUUCUAUAGUAACAUUUUCAUAUCUGUUAUCUUCAAUUUGCAAUUUAUGAAAACAUAAUCUCUAGCUAAUUAUUGUUUUAACUAUCAUUAUUUUCAAGAGAAAGGUCAAAGGCAAUCAAAGGGAGUUGAGGUUAGACAUGAAGGAUAUAUUUGUUCGUCA